GCCCUUCUACUCCCUCGGCGAAGGCGACGCCACCUUCGCGACAUGCAGUCCUUCCUGAGCAACCCGCCGGGGCUGACCGUGUCGACGGGCACCGUCCUACGCUACGUCGACAUGCCGCCCGGCGCCACCUCGCCCAUGCACCGCACUGUCAGCCUCGACUAUGGCGUGGUGCUCGAGGGCGAAAUUGAGUUGGUGCUCGACUCGGGCGAGACGAGGGUGUUGGAACGGGGGGAUAUUUGCGUGCAGCGGGGCACGAUGCAUGCGUGGCGGAAUUGUAGUCAGACCGAGUGGGCGAGGAUGUUGUAUGUUCUGCAGCCGGUCAAACCGGUUGUCGUUGCGGGGAAGGAGUUGGGGGAGGAUUAUGGAGGCAUGCAGGGGGUUAAGGGGUCAGAGUAAAUGGGGUUCUGUUCGUUUCUGAGGGAAGGGUGCUUCCCUGGUGGAUGAAUAUGGGAUUACCAUUGUUGCAGAAC